AUGGAUCGAACUUUACUGGUAAGUGAGCUGACGACGACGACGACGAAGAAGAAGAAAACAACACGGAAAAGGAAAUCAUGCGAAGAGAAUAAGCAACCCCUUAAAGUUGUAUACAUAUCCAACCCGAUGAGGGUUCACACGAGCGCAUCUGAAUUUAGAGCCUUAGUCCAAGAACUAACGGGGCGAGAUGCCGAGUUUCCCGACCCGAGCAAGUUCUAUCCAGCGUCGUGCGAGAUCGUCAUGAAUGAUCUUGAGAAGAAAGUAGUAGCAGAUCAAGGAGAGGACGAUGAGCAAGAACUGUUAAUUGAUUCGAGCUGUGAUGAUGACUUUUGGAGGAGUUCAUUUGAAAGCUUGGAGGAUAUUUUGAGGAGAGAUGUGAUGGAGAACUUUGGAGCCAUCUCUACAUCUUUAAUCAAUCCUUUGGUUUAG